GCCAUGAUGGUUCCCAUCAGCCAUUCAAACUCCAAACGCAGCUGAUCACCACCAGCGUUUAAAUUUCCCUCGCAGCCGCCGUCGCCAUGGGCACCCUCGUCGGCCACGUCGCUCCGGGCGCCGGCUUCCUCCUCAUCGGCCUGUGGCAGCUGUUCAACCACAUCCGGCUGUUCGCGCUGCGGCCCGACUCCUACGCCGCGCCGCUCUGGUUCCCCGCGCGCGGCGUCCGGCACCUCGAGCUCAUCCUCAUCAUCGCCGGCACGUCGGCGUCCAUCCUGAUGGAGCUCGUCAUCGGCCCCGCGAAGCACCAGCCGUUCGACGAUGACGGCACCAUCCCGUCCGACCACCUCCACAACUUCGAGCACGCGUCCGUCUCGCUCGCGCUGCUCGCCUUCGCCGCGGUCACCAUCCACAUGGACAGGGUCCGGGCGCCGAUGCGGGACGCCGUGUCGCAGCUGGCCGCCGCCGCGGCGUUCGCGCAGGAGCUGCUCGUCUUCCACCUCCACUCCACGGACCACAUGGGCGUGGAGGGGCAGUUCCACUGGCUGCUGCAGACCGUCGUCGCCGUCACGCUGGCCACCACGCUGCUGGGCAUCCCGUGCCCGCGGAGCUUCGUGGUGAGCCUGGUCAGGUCCGCGAGCCUCGUGCUCCAGGGCGUGUGGCUGAUCGUCAUGGGCGUCAUGCUCUGGACGCCGGGGCUCGUCUCCAAGGGGUGCUUCCUCAACCACGAGGACGGCCACGACGUGGUCCGGUGCCGCACCGACGAGGCGCUCCACCGCGCCAAGGCGCUGGUGAACCUGCAGUUCAGCUGGUACCUGACGGGCACCAUGGUGUUCGUCGUCGUGCUCUACCUCCAGGUCAGCAGGCUGUACCCCGAGGAGCCGCAGUACUUGCCGCUGGUCAAGGGAGGACCCGCCGGCGGCCGGUUCAGCGUCGGGGACGAUCACGAGGACGAGGAUGACAUGGAGGCCGCGAAAAGUACUUAUUACGGGCAGAUGGUCAGCGGUGGCACAAAGCCCAUGGAGGUAGAGAGGUAAAACUGAAGCUGUAUACCGUAUGAAAGGAGGGAACGGUCAAGAUGGAGGGUUGUAUAGUAUAACAGUGGGUAUAUGUUCUGUAAUCAGUAGGGUUGGGGUGCUGUAGAUUGUAUAGUUUUUUUUCUUUUCACUUUUCUGGACUUGGUUUCACCGAGUGAACUGACCCGUAAAUGUCGUCGUUGGUCACUUCAAUUUGUUUGUUUAGCCCUGGCUUGUUGGUCUGAUCAUCGGAGUAGAAUGGAUUCAUGGCUGGCUUGUGGAUGGA